AUGGCCCCGCCCACGGAAUAUGAUAUCCUCACAAACUAUCUCCUGCAGCCAGCUCCCCUGCCUUCCAUAACCACCUUUAACCAAUUCGCGCUGCUAUUUCCCCGGGCACUGCACAAUUCAUCUCAGCUGCGGUCUCUCUAUCGCGACCUGCAGACCCAGCGCAACGUGGUGGUUGAUGCCGUUGCCGCGAGCAUACAGAACGAGGUGAAGCGCGGAGCGGUUAUGAGAAAAGAGGUUUUGCGGCAGAAGAGGGAGGCGGAGAGAGAUGACAUGGACGGUGAGGUUGAAAUGGAGAGAGCGCUGUUUGGCCACGAUUCCGGCGUAAAACGAGCCAUGCACAGCCUAAACUCGGUGAUCCCAGAGCUUGAAGGCGCAGUUGGUGCUCUGGAAGCAGAAGUUAAGAGGCUCGAAGAAGAAGAGGCCGCUCUUCAAGACUCCAUUCAGCAGACCGUUGGCGGCUUAAGCGAUCUUCGUUAUGGCAAGCUGUCCAAUGGCAAUCUUCGCGACGAAAUCAUUGACGGCUUGAAAUCACUCCAAGAAACAUGCGAGAGCAAGUCAUGA